AUGCUUUCAGGUGAGCAGCUGCUAGAAGGCGCCGCUAGAGACGGCUCGCUGGCCCCCUCUGAGUGGCCGCGCGCGCUCGAGUUCUUGCUGCCUCGCCUCGAUCACAUUGUCCACCACGACUUCCCCGCCACCACCCUUCCGCCGCCACCUGCGCCGUCCAGCCAGGAUUCACUGUCGGCCGACAAAGAGAACGCUCCGCCCUCCCCACCCCAAGCCGAUGGCGAGCCCUCACUCCCCCCCGAGUUGCGCAAGUUGCACGCCGCCGUCUCCACGACCCUCUCGAACAACUUUGCCAAUGAGCCUCCGCACACCAUCCAGCGCUUGUCCGAGCUCGUCCUCCGCCCAAAACAGCACUAUCGUUUCCUUCCUUCCUACCUCCGCGCCCUUGAUCGCGUCGUCUCGGUCUCCAGUACUACGGCCGUCUUCCCGCUGCCUCAGGCCGCCGUCCCAGCCAGCAGUAGCGUACUGAACGGUAUGAGCUCGGGUGUCGCUACCAAUCCAGCGGCCGUGUUGGGCAGCGAUGAGAGUUUGGGCGGCGCGUUAUUGACACCAAUUCCGUGGCUGAGAGCAGAUAGAGAAAGAACCGACGGUGCAGCUGGCAGUGCGCGCAACCAAAGCGAACUCGUGAGAGAAAGCACCGAGAUGGUAGACGGGCCAAAUGGGGCGGGCAGAAUCGAAACAGUGUCAGUUAUCAACGGCAUGCUAGGCUCAACGCCUACGGCAUCAACAAUGGCUGGCACACCACCAACAACUGCUGCGUCUUCAAACGUACCCUCCACCACUUCAGAUGCUCUCCGCGAACAAGGCGCCGUCACACAGGGCGAAUUGUUACGCCAGGAGCAGGAGGCUGGCGUCGUGCCCGUUGGUCAAACAACGCCGCGGCGUGGGCUAUUGUCAACGGCUGCGGUAACAGGUGGCACGACUGAACCAGCCGAAGAAUCAAAUACUCAGGAUGAGCCGCCAGAGGAGCACCCACAUGCACGAGGUCCGGAGGAGAUUGGUGCUGAGGAUAUGGGUCCCCAAGAUCGUAGGUUGGGUGGAGGAAUAGAUCUUGAGGCGGCAGUUGGGCGGCCGGCGGUCAAGUCUGAGGAAGAGAGGACGGAGACGAAGGAAGGGGACGCACUGCCUGAAGGGAAGGAAGAAGAGAUGGAGGAUGUGGGAGCAGAUAUGGAACCUGCCCCUUCUUCGACCGACUCAGAGGUCCGAGAGGCAAAGCGUGUGAAAACUAAAGACUUUGCGAAUGAGAAGGACACAAAGAAGGAAGCGGAUGCCAAAUUAGAUAAAGGCUCAGGUGGUGAUAAAGCGAUGACUGAUGCGUCAGAUACUCCAGCACAAUAAAUCAAAUGUUUAUCUGAAAGUAUCGAUCGAACAUAAUAUAAAUACUUAGCUCCCUCUUUAUAAUU